ACAGUAGUCCGCCCGGUGCCUAUUUGAUCCCUACCCAAAGAAUGCGUGUUCUUCCACUACUCUGCUCCACUCUGCCUUAUCCCACAAAUCCUGGCUCAUCCCCAAAGUCUUCCAUCCAUCGUCCCCAAUUCAAUUAUUAAUUAAACUACUGAUUCCAUCGAUCGCCAUUCCCUUCCUCACUGCUUGAUUUCUCUGGAAGCUGAACUGCAAUGGUUCCAUCCCUCCUCUUCGCCCUUCUUCUACUCGCCGCCGCCGCCCCCGCCAUCGCCGUGGAAUCAACACGCUGCGACCGGACUUGCGGAUCCACCACCGUUUUAUACCCCUUCGGCUUCUCCGCCGGAUGCCAGAUUCGCCUCAACUGCUCUGCCUCCGGCGAGGUCCGCCUCGGCACGUACUUCGUCCGGAACGUCACCGCCAGCUCCUUAAUCGUCGACGUGUCGGCCUCCUGCAACCGCUCCAUCAAAGACGCGGCCGUGCUCUUUAGCGACAGGUUGUCCAUGGCGGCGAGCAACGCGCUGUUCCUCCGCAACUGCACUGGAAGCGAGGGGCAGGAGUGCAGCAUCGACACAGAAAUCAUCUCGAAGCGCCUCAACCAGACGAGCUGCGGCCGUACAGACGACGACAUCCGGUGCUACUCCAGCGGCCGGACGGAGGGGUUCUACUCCAAGAAGAAUUUCACGGAGAUGGCGAAGCGGUGCAAAUUCCUGUUCACGUCGUUGAGGUACGGCAGGGACGCCUUCAACCAGUCGACGCUCGUGUUCGAGUCUGCCGAGGUCGGGUGGUGGCUCCAAGGGGAUUGCCGGUGCGCGGCCAACGCCAGCUGUUCCCGCAUAGAUUUUCCGUCUGGGAACGGAACCACCGGGUACCGAUGCAGCUGCAAUGAAGGGUUCACCGGCGACGGCUACGCCGACGGCGGCGGUUGCGGCAGAGCAUCUAAGUGCUCCUCAGAGCACCCCUGCCGGAAGGGAAUUAACGUUGGAGUAAUUAUGGGAGGAAUCGCGGCUGGAUCCUUCUUGGCACUCGGCGUGGCGGUGCUCUGUUACCGCUUCUUCUUCCGCGGUGACAAGGCCUCGGAAACAGAGGAAGCCGUCGCCCAACGCCUCCUCCUUUCCGGCGCCGCUUCCGGCACCGUCGCAAUUUACUCCCACAAAGACAUUGAGCGCGCCACCGGCAACUUCUCCGACGCGUACAGGCUUGGCUCCGGCGCCUACGGCACCGUCUACAGAGGCCGCUUCUCCGCCGACGGCGGCUUCGUCGCCAUCAAGCGUCUCAAGAACCCCGACACUGACAACGUCAUGCAGGUGAUCAACGAGAUCAAGCUUGUGUCGUCCGUCAGCCACCCCAACCUCGUCCACCUCCUCGGCUGCUGCAUCGGCCGCGGCCACCACAUACUCGUCUACGAGUUCGUCCCCAACGGCACCCUGUCGCAGCACCUCCACCGAGAGCUCGGCGACGUCCUGCCGUGGCCGGCGCGUGUGGUGAUCGCUGCCGAGACCGCGCGCGCCAUCGCGUACCUCCACACAGCCGUGCGCCCGCCCAUCUACCACCGCGACAUCAAGUCGAGCAACAUCCUGCUGGACUACAGCCUCCGGCCCAAGCUGGCGGACUUCGGGCUGUCGCGCGCUGUGGCGGCGGAGUGGUCGCAUAUCUCCACGGCGCCGCAGGGGACGCCGGGGUACGUGGACCCGCAGUACCACCAGAACUUCCAUCUCUCCGAUAAGAGCGACGUGUACAGCUUCGGGGUGGUGCUGGUGGAGAUGAUCACGGCCAUGAAGGCGGUGGACUUUCGCCGGGAUCCGAGCGAGGUGAACCUGGCAGCGCUGGCGGCGGACAGGAUCGCCAAGGGACAGGUGGAGGAAAUCGUGGACCCUGUGGUGAAGGAAAACUGCCAUGGCCGGGGAAUGGAGUCGGUGAUGAAAGUGGCGGAGCUGGCGUUCCGGUGCCUGGCUUUCCACAAAGAAGCACGGCCGGCGAUGACGGAGGUGGCGGAGGAGCUGGAGAGGAUCAGGGCGGAGGAAGGAGGAGCCAGCGAAGUGAAAGAGGAGGAAGGCAAAGAGAUGGCGUUGCCGUUCUUGUGCGUCAAGGAGCCAUGGGGGAGUGAGCAAAGCUGCUCUUCGUCGUCGUCUUUGUCUAAUGCUUCCUCCUCCGGCAUUCUUCAUCGCUAGCCCAACUUGAUUUUGUUAAGAAAUAUUAUCGAGCGAGAGAGCAUCUAUACGCUUAGUUUAUGAUCCGAUAAAUCAUAUUUAAUUAUGUCCCAAGUUCAGAUUAGGGAGCUCGAGAA